AUGAUCUUGAGAGGAGUUGUGGCCGCGGCGCGGUGGCUGCUGAGCGUGGAGACGGAGUUCGUCAAGGACGGCGCGAAGAGGGUGCUCCUGUGCGUGGCCCUCGGGCUCUUCCUCAGCCUGAAUCCGGCCAGCCCGUCGACCGCGGCCUUCAGCAUCGCAGCCACCACGACGCUCGGGCUCCUGGUCACGCCGGUGUCGCCGCCUACCGUCGCGCUGAUCGGCCUCGCAGCUGCCACGCUCGUGGGCACCAUGAAGGUGGGCACGGCGCUCAGCGGAUUCGGCGCGCCGCUGCUCUGGCUGGGGCUGCUGGUGCCGGUGUGCGCGAAGGGCUUCGGGAACAUCCGGGGCAGCAUCCACAACCUGGUGGGGAAUGUCAUCGACAAGGUGCCAGUAGUCGGCACCUCGUGGGCGCACUCGAUCGCAGACGUGGUGACGUCGCCGCUGCAGUGCGGGAAGGGCGACGGCCUGGCGAAGUCUCUGUUCCUGACGGGCUCCAACACGAGCCUGCUGGCGGCCGGCCUGGGCAUCGGCUGCCUCGGUGUGCAGGGCCUGGGGGUGCAGGAGUGGACGCAGCUGUCGCUGCCCCUGCUGCUCGUCCUGGCACUGAGGCCCUUCCUGCAGAGGGUUUGGAUGGUGACUGGACUCAGCCAGGAGGGCAUGCCGGCAGCGGCUGACAAGCCAAAGUACACGUUCGGCUUCGACGACUUUCUCCGGACCGUCCUCUUCGCAUGGGCCAUCACCUGCGCUGGCUUCCUGCGCUCCGUCCAGCCGGUAGCUGCCCUCCUGGGCGUGUUCGGCAUCAUGUCGCUUCGCGGGAUGGUGAGCUUCAAGGACAUCGACGAAGAGCAGUUUGGAAACCUCACCGUUUUCGCCUCCCUGGUCGUGCUCUCAGGGGGCAUCGGCAGCGUCUACAUGCGCUUGGGCGGCUUCCUGGCCAACUUCCUCCGCUCCGCGGCCGUGCUGCCAAGUGGCCUGCACACCUGGGCGCUGAUCGCGGCCUACUUGGGCCUCAGACGCUUCUUCGCGAGGGCGGAGCUGCACGUGGCCACCCUGCUGCCCACGUUUGCCGCCGCGCUCGCCCACUGUGGGAUGAGCCCCGGCCUGGCCAUCGUGACCCUCGCGCUGACCUCGAACCUGGGCGCCAGCGGCCAGAGUGCCCAAGAUGCAUUCAUGCGAUACGUGGAGGUUGUCAUAUCCGGCUGCCUGCGGAGAGUCCCGUGGCUAGUCGUUGCUCUGCCAGUCCUUGGCGCCUUCGUGGUGGAAUUGAUUGAGAACAGGUCUUCCGUCGUCGCCUGGGUAACGAGGUCGAGCAAAACCGGCGCGAAGAAGGUCGAGAAAAAGGUGGAGAAGAAGGCCGAGAAGGAGGGCGAGGGCGACGAGGAGCCCGAGGAGUUUGAAGAUGCAGGAGCCUGA